AGGAAAAGAAAAUAAAAAUCACGCGCUGCAGUGGCGUUGGUAAGAAGAAGGGGAAACCCUAAAUCAGGAGAAACAAAAAGAGUCCACUCGCCAUUGGACAUCGCGUGAAUUCUCAGUUGCAGAAUCGCAGAUCGAGUGUGUGUGUAUGUGCGUGCGUGAAACUAAGAUACAUACAGGUUGAAUGUGGUUAGAUUUCAAGUAAGCACUUCUGAUAUAUAGACUGUAAGCUGCAAUUUCUGUCGCUCUCACCUGCAGCUGGAGUAUACCAUUAUAUACCCUUGUAUUUCUGUCUAAACUUGGAGGAGGCAUUUUAUAUUCAACUGAUUCAAAUCCCUAAUGGAUCGGAGGUGGUCAGGGUUCUUCAUCUUCAGGUAUCAGUAAAAGAGAAAUCAAUAGGCUUUCAAUUGUUUAGCAGCAUGGAUAUCGAUCUUCGUCUGCCUUCUCAAGACCAUGAUAAGGAAGAAGAAGAAGAGGAACAAAAUGGAAUUAUAAAUAUGCUUGACAAUGAAGAAAAAAUACAUAGUGAUGACGGAAUGCAUGGGAUGUUGGUUAUUGAAGAGAAGAUGCAUGCAGAAGAUGGAGGGGAUAUGAACACUCCCAUAGGAACUAUGAUAGAGUUUAAGGAGGAUGUGAACCUUGAACCGCUGGCUGGCAUGGAAUUUGAGUCACAUGGUGAGGCUUAUGCCUUUUAUCAAGAGUAUGCUCGGUCAAUGGGAUUCAAUACAGCCAUACAAAACAGCCGUCGCUCAAAGACAUCAAGGGAAUUCAUUGAUGCAAAAUUUGCAUGUUCUAGAUAUGGAACUAAACGGGAAUAUGAGAAGUCUGCAAAUCGGCCACGUAGUAGGCAAGGAAACAAGCAGGAUCCAGAAAAUGCUACUGGUCGGCGAGCAUGUGCAAAGACAGAUUGCAAAGCAAGUAUGCAUGUGAAAAGAAGGCCCGAUGGGAAAUGGAUAAUUCAUAGAUUCGAGAAAGAACAUAAUCAUGAACUUCUACCUGCCCAAGCUGUCAGUGAACAAACAAGAAGGAUGUAUGCUGCAAUGGCAAGACAAUUUGCUGAAUACAAAAAUGUUGUUGGUCUGAAAAGUGACACAAAAGUUCUAUUUGACAAAGGUCGAAAUUCAGCAAUGGAAGGGGGAGACAUAAGUGUUCUAUUAGAGUUCUUCAUUCAGAUGCAAAAUCUUAAUUCCAACUUCUUUUAUGCUGUUGAUGUGGGUGAAGAUCAACGUGUAAAGAACUUGUUCUGGGUUGAUGCCAAAGCCAGGCAUGACUAUGCAAAUUUCAGCGAUGUUGUCUCUUUUGAUACUACCUAUGUCAGAAACAAAUAUAAAAUGCCCCUGGCUCUUUUUGUUGGGGUCAAUCAGCAUUUUCAGUUUAUGCCACUUGGAUGUGCUUUGGUCUCUGAUGAGAGUGCAUCAACAUUUUCUUGGGUAAUGCGGACAUGGUUGAAGGCAAUGGGCGGUCAAGCUCCCAAGACAGUGAUCACCGAUCAUGACCUGGUAUUGAAGUCAGCCAUUUCAGAGGCUUUGCCAUUAUCACUCCAUUAUUUCUGUUUGUGGCAUGUCCUGGGAAAGGUGUCUGAAACACUGAAUCAUGUCAUUAAACAGAAUGAAAAGUUUAUGCCUAAGUUCGAGAAAUGUAUUAACAGGUCAUGGACAGAUGAGGAGUUUGAAAAGAGGUGGAGAAAACUAGUUGAUAAAUUUGAUCUCAGAGAAGUUGAAUUGAUUCAUUCACUGUAUGAAGAUCGGAUGAAAUGGGCCCCUACAUUUAUAAGGGAUGUAGUUUUAGCGGGAAUGUCAACGGUUCAACGAUCAGAGAGUGUGAACUCUUUCUUUGACAAAUAUGUACAUAAGAAAACCACCGUCCAGGAGUUUGUAAAGCAAUAUGAAUCAAUAUUACAAGAUAGGUACGAGGAGGAGGCAAAGGCAGAUUCUGAUACAUGGAACAAACAACCUGCUUUGAGAUCCCCAUCACCAUUUGAGAAGCACUUGGCUGGGCUUUAUACACAUGCUGUAUUUAAGAAAUUCCAGUCUGAGGUUGUGGGUGCAACUGCUUGUGGUCCUAAAAGAGAGAAGCAAGAUGAGAUAGUCUUAACAUAUAGAGUUCAAGAUUUUGAGAAGACUCAAGAGUUCAUUGUUACAUUGGACGAAAUGAAGUCAGAAAUAUCUUGUAUGUGUCAUUUGUUUGAAUUUAAAGGCUACCUUUGUAGACAUGCAUUGAUAGUUCUCCAAAUAUGUGCUGUUUCCUCUAUCCCACCACAAUAUAUUUUGAAGCGAUGGACAAAAGAUGCGAAGAGCAAGUACUCUAUGACGGAUGGAUCUGAAGAUGUUCAGUCAAGGUUCCAGAGAUAUAAUGAGCUAUGUCAUCGGGCUAUGAAAUUGAGUGAAGAAGGGUCGUUAUCUCAAGAGAGCUAUAGUUUUGCUCUUCGUGCACUUGAUGACGCGUUUGGGAGUUGUGUAACUUUUAAUAACUCAAACAAGAACAUGUUAGAAGCUGGCACAUCAUCAGCCUCUGGUCUUCUCUGUAUUGAAGAUGAUAACCAAAGUAGGAGUAUGAGCAAGACAAACAAGAAGAAAAACAACUUCACUAAGAAACGGAAGGUGAACUCGGAACCAGAUGUUAUGGCUGUUGGGGCAGCAGACAGCUUGCAACAAAUGGACAAAUUGAACUCCAGGCCUGUGACUCUUGAUGGUUAUUUUGGCCCGCAACAAAGUGUUCAAGGAAUGGUACAGUUAAACUUGAUGGCACCAACUCGUGAUAACUACUAUGCAAACCAACAGACUAUUCAAGGCCUUGGACAGUUGAACUCUAUAGCUCCUACACAUGAUGGCUAUUAUGGUGCUCAGCCGACAAUGCAUGGGCUGGGCCAAAUGGACUUUUUCCGCACUCCAAGUUUCUCAUAUGGCAUUCGGGACGAACCCAAUGUAAGAUCUUCUCAAUUGCACGACGAAGCAUCUAGACAUCCAUGAGGAUCACCUUUGUCAUUAAUUAGGUAUAUGUUUUUCCAUUGCUAGUUGAUAUUACAGAUGUGUUCAAGUUGAACCUAUUGAAUGAUGAGGU